AUGGUCGAACCUGCCGUGCAGUCCGACAUGAUGGACAACGGUCAAAGCCCCGGGUUUGCUAUGAAUUCUGUGAGCGCCACCGAGCGGAAGUACCUGGGUUCGACAAGUCUGCAAGUCUUCUCGCAGUGGCUAGAUAUGACGUUUCACGUCUCUCCUACAGGCCUCACAAGUUCUUUUCAACAUGGCAUGAGGUUCUGCGAGGAGAUGGACUUACCUCCAGAUCUCCACAUGCCUCCAAUACCCAGUGAGUGGCAAGAAUAUGUCGUAGCAUUCUUUUCAGGAGUCGGGGCGUUGUUUCCCAUCGUCUCGACAGAAGGCAUCACUUCAGCAAUACAGUGUAUGUAUCAGCAGGACCUCAGGGGUCUUCCAGUCCGUCAGAGACCGCUCAUUGCAACACUGUAUGCUGUCCUCGCUAUUGGAGCCGACUCUCUUGGUCACACUACUCUAGGACUUGACCUCAUUACUGCGGCAUACUCCUUGUAUGCUUACCUUGUUGCUCAACCAUAUCUGCAAUCAGCCCAGGCCUUGAUACUCAUCUGCUUAGCUUUGAGGGGCCGCAACAAAGAUGGCGCUGGUUCUCAAGCGCUAGGUCAAGCCAUUCGAAUCUUGCAUACCCUCGGCUUGCACAGAAAACUGAACGGAUAUGGCAAUCUUGACCGAGAGCAGACGGAAGUUGUGAGACUGGGUGUCCAUACCUGGUGGAGUGCGUACUGUCUCGAUCGCAUGAUGAGCCUGGAAACUGGCCGUCCUCCGCAGGUUCAAGACGAGGACAUCGAUCAAUCAAGAGAUCUUCAGACCACAGACUUACAAGAUCUGGCGCCUUUGCAAGCCCUACUUAAUCUGGGCUCCAUCCAGGGGAGUAUAUGUAGGCACUUGUCUACGACGAAACUUCCGACCAUCACGGCAGUCUUGGAAGCACAGUCCCGCUUGGACCAAUCUCUGAUCGAAUGGCAGAACAGUCUUCCUCCUCAACUGCGUUGCGAUGGAGACAUUACCAUCAAUGAUGCAGAUCUGGCUCUCCCUCGAGCGUUUUUGAGCAUCCAACUUCAUACAACCAUGAUAAACCUCCAUCGAGCUGCGUUAUUGAUGGACAAAGAGAUCCACCAGGCAAAUAUUGCUCGUUACAACCUAGGCAAAGCCAACGCGAAACGCUUGGCAUCAAGCGAGUCAAUAUGUGCAAACUCGGCUAGAGCCAUCAUCACUGCAUUCUUACAAGCUCGAGACAUUACGAAAAACUCAAGGCUGCAAACAAUGACUGGACCCCUGAUGGCCAUUUAUGUUCUGUCGAUCAACACACUGAAAAACGCCACCUCGUGGUCUGCUCGGUCCGACGUUGGUCUGAUUUACUCGGCUGCGGAGGCAGUAGAACAGAGAUACACCGCAGACGGACAAGACCCUGGGUUCUACACACUGUUGAAGACUUUAAAACAGUUUGCAUCUCGUGACACGCUUUCCCCGAGGGGUCUGACCAAUUCGAGAGCGCCAACAAGAAGGACUUCGCCAGAGAUCAAUGAUUCCGGAUUCACGCCUCAGUCAGCAUCUGCUGACCAUAAUCACGACCAGAGUACGAUGCAAUUGAACCAUGUUCAGGACCCAAAUUUGUCAGAUGAAUGGGAUUUACUUUUCCCACGCUUGUAUGUAGGCGACUUUGCUCUGGGUGCUGAGGCUUUGGAAGGGAUGGACAUUGAGCACUUGAUGGGGAUUCCGCACUUAUCUUUCGAUGAGCCGCAUUGA